UCAAAUGUUAUAGAAGAAGUCUCACGUUCACUUUUAGCGGCAACGUUUUGUGCUCUUCAGGUUUCUCGCAAUCAGAUGCCUUACCACACUCGAAGCUUUAUGGAAAAAAACGCGUUGAAGGACUUAGACGGUUAAAAGGGUGUUCUGAAUUAAAAAAACACAGCCACUGCAGUACAAAACAAUAGCUGAUAAAAUGAACAUGACAUUUUUCACCGGCAACUGCGACGUCAAAGGCUACUUACUUGGAGGUCAUAACAGUAGCAAUGAAGCAGGAGAUCGAGGAAACAUGUCUACAACCAUUAAAGAAACAAACACAAAGUUUCAAGGUAUUACUUUCCUAAUGUAUCUUGGACACGCUAUCCUAUUUCUAGCAUCACUGUUUGGAAAUUCUUUAAUUAUACACAUUAUACGAACAAACAGUUCUUUGAAGACCACUACCAACCAGUUGAUCCUACACCAGGCUUUCACAGAUGUUCUUAUAACAUUUGUUCAGUUAAUGAAUGCUAUUCAUUACAAUUCAUACAGAAGGUUGUGGUUCGGAGGAUCACUUGGUAAUUUUACUUGCAAGUUAUUCCUGACAAGCUUAAUUGUUUUACCUGACUUUUCAAUUUGGAUACUCGCAAUGAUUGGUAUUGAUCGGUAUUACGCAGUGAGUCGACCUCUCCAAAGAUCUCCCGUGUCUCGACAUUUGAAAAAGGUUAUUAUGAUAUUGUGGGUAUGGAGUUUUCUUACUUCGACGAAAUUAUUUAUCGAAGCUUGUGUUGAAAGACAUAACACGUCUUACUACUGUGAUCUGGAGAUAACUUUAAACAGAGGAAGAAAAUUCAACGCUUUUGGAUUGGCGUUCAACAUUAUCUUGCCUGUAUUGGUCAUAUUAAUCGUCUAUACAAGAAUAUGCAAUCAGCUUUGGUCACGCAAAGUACCAGGAGAAGGAUCCAAUCAGAAUCGAAUGCAAGCUGAAGUCAUAGCAACAGCAAGAAAGGUUACUCGGAUGAUGAUUUUUGUUGUAUUUCUAUUUCUCGUCUGUUGGCUUCCUAUCCUCAUAACCAUGGCAAUGCUGCUUUUUGAUUUGAUCCAAUAUGAAGAUCUUCUGUUCCCUCUGUGGCUGACUGUUGUUUACAGUGCACUUAAUCCCUACUUUUAUUUUGCCUGUAGUGGAAAUUUUAGAAAUGCAGCAAAACUUUCGUUGGGAAAUGUUCGAGUCCUCCGGUUUCGAUCGCAAAGUAUAGAGCUCCAGCAAGUAUAAAGAACUUUCCCUUGUCCAGUAAACAUAAAUUUUAUCGAGAGGUUGGGAUUUCUUUCCUUGUAAUGAGUGUUGCAACCUCAGGUACGCGUAACUUUAAAAUUCAUUCUUUUUGUCAAAACUAUGGUGGAAGACUCUACACAGCACAUCAUUCUAUCCUGUGUUACAUUACUUUAAGGUUUGAAUUAGCUAUGUUCUUUCGUCACACGAGGCUCUUCGAUGCCUUGAAAAUAAGUCAUUAUGAAAAGUAAUUUUUUUAUUAUUUUGUCUUUUUCGACAAAGUAAACAUUCCUUGCAUAAAUUUUAUUAUGAUUGGUAAUGGGCAACAAAUGCAAUAAAGAAUGUUAUCUCACAUAGGAUAUGAUAAUGAACCUAAAGAAAAGAGUCUUAAUAUCUGAUAGAAAAUUUAUUACAGAGAUCGUGUUGAGGAGACGCCCUCAGGUUUUCUUUAAUAUUUCUGGACAUUAUCAAAUUGUACAUCAAAUGAACCAAAAGUAACGCUGACAAUACUAGUACCCGUCAAAUCUUACUUCCUU